AUGGAGUUUAUCGCAGCUGGCACGGCUUGGGCGCUGAAUAGAGCGCCCUCACCACAAAAGAUUCUCAGUCGAAUCGGACUCGCAUCUUUCGUUACACCACAAACAUGGCCAGGCUUAUCUUCAAAGCUCUCGUCCAACGCGUCCAUAGUGUUUCCGCACGACUCCGAUUUUGGUGGUCUCGUUAGUCGAUGGCGAGAUUGGCACGCACCACAAGUAGGUGCAGUUGUGACAGCUUUCACAGAGAGUGAUGUGCAAGAAGUAGUCCGGUACGCAAACCAAAACGGGAUACCAUUUUUGGCUAGAUCUGGUGGCCAUGGCGCGACUGAGGCGUUGCAGCUGGCAAAAGAUGUCCUUGUCGUUGACAUACGAGGCAUGAACGAUAUCAAAAUCGCUCAAGAUGGUCAUCACGCAACCAUUAGCGGAGGAGCCAGUGUUAAGAAAGUUGUGAACGAGCUAUGGGCUACAAAGAAACAGACAGUUACUGGUAUCUGUGAGUGCGUUGGCAUCUCGGCGCCCGUCCUCGGAGGAGGCCACGGAUGGCUUCAAGGUCAAUUUGGUCUUGCAUCGGAUCAGGUCAUAUCUGCACGUGUCGUCCUCCCCAACGGAACAGCCGUGACAGCCUCCGAAGAGUCAAACCCGGAUCUGUUCUGGGCUUUGCGUGGAGCUGGACACAACUUUGGCAUUGUCACGGAGUGGGAGUAUCGCAUCUACGAUGUCAAGAAUCCCAAUUGGUCCUACGAGAUUUUCAUCUUCUUGGGCGACAAGCUUGAAGAGGUCCUCGAGUUGACAAACAAGAUGAUGAAGACUCAGCCGCCAGAAAUAACCCACUGGAUGUAUAUUGUCAAUAUCCCAGAGAUUGAUCCCGGCGAGCCGAUUAUAUGGUACGCAGCUAUUUCAGAUGACCUAGUCGAUGAAGCUCGAGAAUACGCCAAGCCACUUCAUGACAUUGGGCCUAUCAAUGUCAACGCAGGUGCAGUCCCCAUGCCCGAACUCGCUCAUAUUACCCUCAUGAGUGAAGACACUGUCGGCUGUACAAAAGGCUUCACGGGUCUGCGCUAUCCCAUAGGUCUCAAGAAGUACAAUCCGCCAGCCGUCCGCCAAGUCUUUGACUCUAUUGCAGAAAUAUCUCACCGUGUUCCUGAAUUGGCGGGGUCAUUUUUCCUUCUUGAGGGGUGCUCGACGCACGGCGUGAAAGCAGUAGACGCGAAUAAAUCUGCGUUUCCUCACCGUGACGACGAGAUUCUCAUCACGUCAUAUAUCUGGUAUAAACCCAAUGCUACGCUGGACAGUUUGGCUCAAGAGCAUGGGGAGAAAUUGAGGGGCCUCCUUCUAGAGGCAAGCGAUGAGCCUGAACAGCUACGAGCAUACGUCAAUUAUGCGCACGGCGUUGAAUCGCUAGAGAGUAUGUAUGGGUAUGAGCCUUGGAGGAUCAACAAGCUCAAAGCGCUAAAGAAGAAGUGGGAUCCUGAGAACCGGAUGAGAUUCUAUGCACCAAUUGUUUAA